AUGCCGAUCAAAUAUGCUGCGAGAACGAGCACCUUAUCAAAGCAAUGGAGCCAGUUAUGGUACAAAUUGCCACAUCUUGUGUUUGAUCAUCUGUUUUUUCAGUAUGUAUCUAAUAUUGGGGAUUCUGCUGCUAGAAUAAUCCGUAAAAUUCUAAUGCAACAUACUGGACCUAUUUUGGGAUUUCAUCUCGUCUCUGAAACACACGUACUAUCUCAGUCAGAUGUGGAUAAAUGCAUCAUCUUAGCAUCGAAUCGUGGUAUUCAGAAGCUUACUCUUAAUGUGGCCAAUGAUGAAUUAUAUACGUUGUCUGAUAGCAUAUUUACUUGUGCAAUGUUGACACAUUUGAAGUUAUCGAGGUGUAUUGUUCAGUUUCCUGAUGGUACCCAAUUCCCCAAUCUUGUUAGCCUUCAGUUAGAAGAUGCUGCAAUUGACAGGUCAAAAGAGACUACUCUUAUUCUGCCAAUGCUCGAGACGUUGGAGUUGAAAUUUUGUGUUGAUGUUGAUUAUGUUCAUAUUGUUUCUCCGAAGCUUGUGAACUUGUCUAUGCUUAGUAGCUAUACAAUAACAUUUAAGUGUUUUAAUGUGAAUAUGAUAUUUAGAAAGAUUAAGCAUCUCUGUUUGGAUGGAUCAUCCCUAAAGAACUUAGAGUCGGUUCCUAUGCCAGAUAGGCUUGAUGUAUCACUAAACUUGCAAAGCCUGAAGAUUUGUGAAUUGAAGAUUUCUGUUAAACGUAUUAUAUGUGCACUUUGCCUACUGCGGAAUUCUCCUAACCUUAUUGAACUUGACAUAGAUGAAGUUGUGAAGGUUGAUAAAACAGUGUAUCACACAACAGAACUGUUUGAUUACUUGUCUAAGGCAGAAAAAGAAGUCAGUGAAGCUCUGAAGUUGGUUCGAACAGUGAGGUUAGGGAAAUUCAAGGGUACAAGUACUGAAAUGUACUUAAUACAAGUCAUCCUUGCUCAUUCUCCGAAACUUGAGAGGAUGAUCAUUCAACAGAAGAUGCAAAAACUUGAGAGGUGUGAUGAAAUUUUAAAGGAACUGAUAAGCUAUCAUCGAGCAUCACUAAAUGCAGAAAUCAAGUACACUUAG